AUGGAUGGAAUAGAUUGUGUUGGCAAUGAAUCCUCACUGUUAGACUGUGGAUUUGCGGGGUGGGGAAUACAGAACUGUGAACAUUAUGAAGACGCUGGAGUUAUUUGUCAAGGAUUUGUUAGAUUGGUGAAUGGCUUGGACUCUUGUUCUGGACGAGUGGAGCUUCUACAUAAUGGUGAAUGGGGAACAGUGUGUGAUAACGGCUGGGAUCUAUCCGACGCUGCCGUGGUGUGUAGAGAAGUGGGGUGUGCAGAUGCCCGAGAGGCAAAGACUGGUGCUUAUUUUGGAGAAGGUUCUGGACAAAUAUGGAUGGAUGCUGCACAGUGUACAGGGAUUGAGGCCUCAGUGGAGAGCUGUGAAUCAACAAAAUGGGGAAUACAGAGCUGUACCCACUCAAAAGAUGCUGGAGUCGUCUGUAACCCUCCUAUUCGGUUGAUCAAUGGCAGCAACUCGUGUUCUGGACGAGUGGAGGUUCUUCAUGACGGUCAGUGGGGAACAGUGUGCACAGAUUCCUGGGACUCCACUGAUGCUGCAGUGGCGUGUAAAGAGUUCGGAUGUCCAACCGGUGCUGAACUGACAAGAAAUUCAUAUGGACCUGAUAUUCGACUGGUAAAUGGGUAUGAUCUGUGUUCUGGAAGAGCGGAGGUUUUACAUAAUGAUGAAUGGGGAACCAUCUGUGAUGCUGGCUGGGAUUUAACAGAUGCUGCAGUGGUGUGUUAUAACAUGGGUUGUGGGACUCCAAUAGCAGCACCAACUAGUGCUUACUUUGGGCAGGGUUCAGGAUCUGUGUGGCUAGAUAGCGUGAGUUGUUCUGGGAAUGAGGCAACAGUGAAAGAUUGUCCAUCAAAAGCAUUAGGAACAAGCACCUGUAGUCAUGGACAAGAUGCUGGCGUCGUCUGUAACCCUCCUGUUAGGUUGGUGAAUGGGGAGAACUCAUGUUCUGGACGAGUGGAGGUUCUUCAUGAUGGAGUAUGGGGAACAGUGUGUACAGAUUACUGGGGUACUAAAGAUGCUACUGUGGUGUGUAAAGAGUUGGGAUGUCCUACCGGUGCUGAAGCGAAAUCAUAUUCCUACUUUGGACCUGGUGUGGGAACAAUAUGGAUGGAUAAUGUUCAUUGUAAAGGGAGUGAACCGACACUAAGAGAGUGCAGAUUUAAUGGAUGGGGAAUAAACAACUGUGAUCAUUCAUAUGAUGCUGGAGUCAUCUGUCGAGAUGUUAGUCUGGUAAAUGGAUCUAAUCUGUGUUCUGGAAGAGUGGAAGUCUUAUAUAAUGAUGAAUGGGGAACCAUCUGUGAUGCUGGCUGGGAUUUAAAUGAUGCUGCAGUGGUGUGUAAUAGCAUGCAUUGUGGGACUCCUGUGGCAUUAAAGACCGGGGCUUACUUUGGGCAGGGUUCAGGACCUGUGUGGCUGGAUGAUGUGAGUUGUUCUGGGUAUGAGUCAACAGUAAAAGACUGCCUAUCAAUAACAUUAGGAACAAGCACCUGCAGCCAUGGACGAGAUGCUGGAGUCAUCUGUCGAGAUGUAAAGCUUGUAAAUGGUUUGAGUCCAUGUGAUGGCAAAGUUGAGGUUCUUUAUGAUGAUCACUGGGGUGGAGUUUGUCACACUGGCUUUGAUGUGACAGCAGCUUCGGUUUUGUGUAAAGAGCUGGGCUGUGAUGACACUGGAGAGCCACUUUCAUAUGUGGGUCCAUUUGAUGGGCCAAUAUGGAUGGGCAAUCUUGCUUGUGCUGGAAAUGAGUUAACAUUACGAGACUGUUCAUUUACUGGAUGGGGUGUGAGCAGUUGUGUGAAUGAUCUUCAUGCAGGAGUUGUUUGCAACAGAUGA